CGGGGGUGUUCAGCCGCCUGGGCGCCGCCCCGGACGGCCCCGACCCCGCGGCUGCGGCCGAUCCCGGCGCGGGGAUCCGGCGGAUCCCGAGGCGCUGCCCUACGCCGGCGUGCUGAAGAAGCGCCGGGAAUGUUCCGGAACGACGGCGGCGGCGGCGCAGGACGGGGCCGUGUCCAGCUCGCGGGGCGCCUGGGGCUGCGGCCAGGUCAGCAGCUCCUCCUGCGGCCCCCGCAGCGUCUUCCGCAGGCUGGGCCGCAAACCCGACUGAGGGAUCCGCCGGGAUCCGCCGGGAUCCGCCGGGAGGUGAUGGGACUGACAGCGGCAGCGGGGAUCCCGGGGAUUGUGGGAAUCCUGCUGGAUCCACCUGGGAUCUGCUGGGACUGACAGCGGCAAUGGGGAUCCCAGGGAUCCAUUGGGAUCCACCCAGGAUCGGCUGGGAUCUGCAGGGAGAUGAUGGGGCUGACAGCGGAUCCUGGGAGUGGAGAUCCUGCUGGAUCCACCUGGGAUCUGCUGGGACUGACAGCGGGGGUGGGGAUCCCGGGGAUCCACUGGGAUCCACCCAGGAGCUGGUGGGAUCUGCUGGGAGCUGCUGGGACUGACAAUGAGAACGGGGAUCGCUGGGAUUUGGGAUCCUGCUGGAUCCACUGGGAUCCCACUGGGAUAUACUGGGAUCUGAUGGGGCUGUCAGCGGAUUCUGAGAGCCGGGAUCCCACUGGAUCCACUGGGAUCUGAUGGGAUCUGAUGGGACUGGCAGCAAGAACGGGGAUCCCUGGGAUUUGGGAUCCCCCAUUGGGAUCCCCCCGGGAUCUACUGGGAUCUGCGCCAGGAACGGGGAUCCUGGGGAUCCCGGGGGUGGGGAUCUCGCUGGGAUCGACCUCGGGGGAUCCAUUCAUCGGGGGAAUUGGGGGUGGAUCCCCCAGAGAUCCCCGCCGGAUCCCUUUGGAAGGGGCGGAUCCCGUGGGAAUCCCGCUGGAGAGCCCCGGUGGAUCCCGGCUGCAGAUCCCGAGGCCAAACCAGCCCCAAAAUCUCCUUUUUUUGCCCCAAUUUUCCCUUUCCCGGAUCUUUUUUUGGGGGAUUUGGGGGUGGAUUUUUAAUCCCAUUUUUCCUGGGGUUUUAUUCCCAUUUUCUUGGGGCUUUAUUCCCAUUUUCCCCGAUUUUUUCUCCCCCCAAAAAAUUUUACUCCAAAAAGGAUCCCUGGGGAGAAUUUUGGGAGCAACUUCCUAAAAAACCCCCAAAUUUUUCACAAAAAUCCCCAAAUCCUUCCCAAAAACCCCCAAAUCCUUCCCAAACCCCACGAGAGGUGCUCCAAACACCCCAAAAUUGCCUUAAAUUGUGGAUUUUGCCUCUGCAGCCCCCCCAGGGCUUCCCAGCACCCCCAAAAUUCCUCAUUUCCCCUAAAACUCCCUCUUUUUUCUGGCCAUAAACCCCCAAAAGUUGGGGUUUGUCCCCAAAAUGAGUUCAGGGCAGGGAAUUCCAAGCUGGGGGAGGUUUUUAAUCAGGAAAAAAAUGAAAUUUGGGAUUUUUUUCACUGCACUUUGUGGCUUUUCCCCCCCAACUUUGGGAUUUUUUUUCCUUCCACUUUUUGGUUUUUUCCCCUAAUUUGGGAUUUUUCCCCGCACUUUGUGUUUUUCCCCCGAGUCUGAGAUUUUUUUCUCCUCCACUUUGUGGUUUUUUUGCCCCGAAUUUGGGAUUUUUCCCCCCAGAUUCCAGGGCCAGGAUUUUCACUGCGCUUCGGGUGAAUUCUCGCGGGUUUUUCCGCCUCUCGCGGGAGCUUUUUUUUGGCAAUAAACGAGUGGAAAAAGUGUUAAUAAACGCUAAUUUAUGCAGAUCUAUUUAAACGAGCUUUAAUUAACGGAGGGGGAGGAGAAGCCCCGCCCCUUCCGCCCCGCCCCUCUAUGUAUAACCCCCUCCCUCUAUGACGUCAUAGCCACGCCCCCAGGGCCGGCGCGCGCGCGGGGUCUCCCCCUCACGGCCCCCCCCCCCCCGCGCUGUUUUCGCUCCCGUUUCCUUCCGCCGCCGCUUUUUAAAUUAAAUUUUAUUUUUAUUUCUCCUCUUUCCGGAACCGGGAGGAAAUUAAAAAACCCCCGCGAGUCCCGGGAUGAGCGGCCGGAACCGGCCGGGCCUGCGGCGUCCAUGACAGGAGGAGCCGGCGCCGCCGGGAGCUGCCCUCGGAUCCGGAUCCGGCGCUCGGGUGCUCCCGGCCCCGCAGGGUCCCGGGGGGGCCCCGGGGGUCCCCGUGGGGGGCGGGGCCACCAUGAGUGAGGCGCAGGUGGUCAAGGAGGGCUGGCUGCACAAGAGGGGCGAGUUCAUCAAGACGUGGCGGCCGCGCUAUUUCCUGCUCAGGAGCGACGGUUCCUUCGUGGGCUACAGGGAGCGGCCCGAGGGCGCCGAGCACGGCCUCCCCCCCCUCAACAACUUCUCCGUGGCCGAGUGCCAGCUGAUGAGGACGGAGCGGCCGCGCCCCAACACCUUCGUCAUCCGCUGCCUGCAGUGGACCUCGGUCAUCGAGAGGACCUUCCACGUGGACACGGCCCAGGAGCGGGAGCAGUGGCUCCAGGCCAUCCAGGCCGUGGCCUCGGCGCUCAAGAGCCGCGCGCCGGCCCCGGAGCCGCCCGAGCUCGGGGGGGAAACGCCCGGGGACGGGGAGGCCGCCGAGAAACCCCGCAGCAAGGCCAGCAUGGCAGACUUUGAUUACCUGAAGCUGCUGGGCAAGGGCACCUUCGGCAAGGUGAUCCUGGUGCGGGAAAAGGCCUCGGGGCGCCACUACGCCAUGAAAAUCCUGCGCAAGGAGGUCGUCAUCGCCAAGGACGAGGUGGCGCACACGGUGACCGAGAGCCGCGUGCUGCAGAGCAGCCGGCACCCCUUCCUGACCGCUCUCAAAUACGCCUUCCAGACCAGCGACCGCCUGUGCUUCGUCAUGGAGUACGCCAACGGCGGCGAGCUGUUUUUCCACCUUUCCCGCGAGCGCGUUUUCCCCGAGCCGGGCGCUCGAUUCUACGGCGCCGAGAUCACCUCGGCUCUGCAGUACCUGCACUCGCGGGACGUCGUCUACCGCGACAUCAAGCUGGAGAACCUGAUGCUGGACAAGGACGGGCACAUCAAGAUCACGGAUUUCGGGCUCUGCAAGGAGGGCGUGACGGACGGAGCCACCAUGAGAACUUUCUGCGGCACCCCCGAGUACCUGGCGCCCGAGGUCCUGGAAGACAACGACUACGGCCGCGCCGUGGACUGGUGGGGGCUGGGCGUGGUGAUGUACGAGAUGCUGUGCGGGCGCCUCCCGUUCUACAGCCCCGACCACGAGCGCCUCUUCGAGCUCAUCCUGCUCGAGGAGCUGCGCUUCCCGCGCAGCCUGGGGCCCGAGAGCCGCUCCCUGCUGGCGGGGCUGCUCAGGAAGGACCCCAAACACAGGCUGGGCGGGGGCCCGGGCGACGCCCGCGAGGUGAUGGAGCAUCCCUUCUUCGCGGGCAUCGAUUGGCUGGACGUGGAGCAGAGGAAGCUGGUGCCGCCCUUCCGGCCGCAGGUGACGUCAGAGGUGGACACGCGGUACUUCGACGAGGAGUUCACGGCGCAGAGCAUCACGGUCACGCCCCCCGAGAGAUGUGAGCUCCUGGGCUCUCCAGAGCGCGACCAUCGGACGCAUUUCCCGCAGUUCUCCUACUCGGCCAGCAUCCGCGAGUGACACCUGGGACACCUGGGGGCACCUGGGGGCACACCUGGCACACCCACCUGGG